CAUCCAUCCCGCACUGUCAGCUGCACAUAAACGCGUCUGACGCCUCAGCCACAGCAGAGGACGGCUGUCUGUCUGUCUCCGCGUUCCGUCUUCACCUGACCGCAAAAGAUGUCUUCCAGAGACCAUGAUGGAAACUCGCCUGGACUGCAGCAGCAGCGCAGGACGUGCGACAGAAAAGCGCCGAAAACGAGCGCAGAGCAUUGCGGACCGCGCGGCAGGCGCAGAAUGAAGGCCAACGACCGGGAGCGCCACCGGAUGCACAACCUGAACUCUGCGCUGGACGCACUGCGGAACAUCCUGCCGGCGCUGCCGGAGGACGCGAAGCUCACCAAGAUAGAAACGCUGCGCUUCGCCCGCAACUACAUCUGGGCGCUGAUGGAGACGCUGCGCAUGGCGGACCAUCACGCAAACCCCGCGGCGUGGGACGCGGGAUCUUCCGCAGAGUCCUGGUGCGCCACCGCUGCUGAUGAACUGAGCUGCAAAAGUUUUAUUCCGGUCACUAUUUAUUUUAGGUCGAGCCAAGGGGAGAAUGUCAUCAGAAACUCUUGGUAGAAACUGAUUCUUUAGCUUGAAAAUGUCAAACUGUAUGGAGCGAAAAUAUGGCCAUAAAGUUUGUGCAAAAGACAAAAAUGAUACAGAAAAAUUAUUUUGAAACGGGAAAAAAAAAAUCAUAUAUAUAUAUCUGAAAAAAUAUUUCAAUCUGAAAUAAAUCUGAACCUAAAAAAAGUUCUAAAGCUUGAAAAAGAUAAAUCUUACAAAAUUGAAACAGAAAAAAAAUAUGUGAAAUAAAAAAUGUUCAAGUCUUCUUUUUAGAUUCAAGUUGGGUUUUUUUCCAGUUUAAUUUUUUUUCUUUUGAACAAACUUUCUGGCCUUAAUUUAGCUCCAUAAAACUAACUUUUUUUGCUAUAUUUUUUGAACAAAUUAUUGUAAUUUUUUCUAAUUGUCUUUUUUUUGGAUGUAAAUUACUUAAGCAAACCUCUGGUGACAUCACAGAAGGUUUAAAGGGCCUCAUCAGAAUUAUGUUCUGCAUAUAUUUGUAUUUUUUUAUUAUUAAAUAUUUAAUAUAACUUACUUAUUUAUUGUUGUCCUUUAUCAGGUGGGUGGAGUGUGAUACUUCAUAAUAAAAUCACAGAAGUAAAUUGGCUGUCAGUGGUUUCAGAUAAUCUCAAUUUGAUUAAAAUUAAACAUAACGGUAAGCGAUCUGGAGCUAAUCAGGGCUAAUCAUGAGCUAGCUGUUUGAGCUAGCAGCAAUAUAUUUCAGGUUCUAUAUUUCUACCAGAACCAUCAGUCGAACAUUAAUUCCUCUGAUCAGGUUUCCUUUUAUCUGAUUUAGUAAAAAGAUUAGCAGGUUUAGUUUGGAGGAACUUCAA